AUGUAAAUACAACUAGGAUUAUUAGUCUAGAACAAGUUUUUUGAAACUAUUGAAUAAUAAAUUUCAAAUUUAAAUUAUAUACCUCCAAAAUAAAUAGAAAAAAUAAAUGAAUGUGGUCAUAUAUUUUAGUGGUUAGAUAGAAAAUAAAAUCAUUUUAAAUAAAUUAAGAAAUUGAGGACUCUGAACAGAUAAAAUAGAAGCCCAAUAAUAAAUUUUUUAGAGUAUGCUUAAAUUUUCUAAUAAUCCUAGGCAGCAUAGGGGUUACAAAUGUUAUAUUAGUUGA